AAUGAUAAAGGGUACAAUAAGUUUUAUCAAAUCUUUAUUAUUCAAAAUCAUUAAUUAUCACAUAUAUAUUUUAGCAACAUUAGGGAGUUUUGUAAUUUUUAUUUAAGGUAAUAAUGAAUAACAUUAAUAAUUAAUUUAUGGUUAGUUUAAUAAAAAGUUUAUUAUAUAUUUAUAUGGAAUAACCUAUUUCUCUAAAGAUUCCAAAAAUCAAUGACCACCUCAAAUGCUGUAAUGUUUCUCUUUUAAUAUAUGUGAGAUAUAUUCAAUUUAAAGAGCGGAGGUAGUACAUUAGAACUUACAAUUUAAUACUUUAUAAUCGCAUAUUUUUAACCUUUUAUAUGCGAAAUGUUAUAUAAAUGGUCAUAGUCAAACUAUUGAAACAAAAGGAUGUGGUCAAAGACAAUUUACCAUAAACUAAAGUCAAAAGUACUUUUUGUUAAUAAGGUAAAAGUUUAUAAUUAUAUCUCAGUAUAACUAGGAAUUUUCAUGCGCCAUGCGCAAGAAUAAUAAGUCGCAAUUCUAUCUUACGGUGUUGCUUUGUUUUUGUAACCAUGGAUUCUUCUUCUCACAUCCGUCCUAAGAAACCUCUGCUAGUGAUCGGAAGCAUGAUUAAUUCCGGCAGUAGUCACCCUAAACCAUCCGGUUACUCCUCUGAACCGAAGAGAGAUUCAAGAAACUAUGAUGACCGUCGUUCUAAUAACUUGCCUCUCAAGAAAUCGAGGACGAUAGUUGACUCUAACAAUGGUAACAAAACUGUGGUUGUGGAACCGGAUACUCCAAAGCUUUCUAGACAGUAUUGGAAAGCAGGAGAUGACAAUGAAGAUGAGCAUGUGCCUUAUUGUAGGAAUGAUGCUAAGGUCAAGGUUAAUCCACAGUUUCUUCAUGCCAACGCCACAAGUCACAAGUGCGCGCUUGGAGCUUUGGUUGAAGUUCUAGACAAUUCCCUAGACGAGGAUGUUACACCAUCAAGAUAUGUUGAUAGAAUACCUGACAUGGGGCUUGAGAACGGGAAACAUAGACAUGGGAUAAGUGAAUCAGUAUCAGGUAAUGAAGCAGGCGAGUUGCAGAAGGUGAAAGAGGAAUCAGCAAAACAUGUGGCUAAGUUGCAGAGACAAAAAGGACAGCUUGAGUCGCAACUCAAAGAGUCAAAAUGUAAGAUUCAAGAUUUUGAGAAGAGGCAUAAGCUAAAAGACGACUCAGAAAAACUGGUGGCUGUGUUGAUUAACCAGCUCAAACAGUCAACAGCUAAGAUUAAAGAUUUGGAGAAGAUGCAGAAUGUAAAUGAUGAUGAAUCAGCAAAACAAGUGGCUGAGUUGCAGAGACAGAAAGCAUUACUUAAGGAGGAAUCUAAGAAGGUAAAAGAUGAAUCAACAAAACAAGUGGCUGAGUUGCAGAGACAGAAAGCAUUACUUAAGGAGGAAUCUAAGAAGGUAAAAGAUGAAUCAACAAAACAAGUGGCUGAGUUGCAGAGACAGAAAGAACUUCUUGAGAUUGAAUCAGAUAAGCUCAAACAGUCUGAAGCUAAGAAUCAAGAUCUGGAGUACAAGUUAAAGAAUGCAGCGGAGGAUUUCUUUCAAGAAAGAGCCCACAGAGAUAGUACUGAGCAUAACUUGAAGAACAAGCUACGGGUUAGUCCUCUGUUAAAAAAGUAAAAAAAAAAAAAAAACAUCACUACUUUUUUAUUAGCUUCAUGCACACUCACACAUCAUUUUGGUAAUGCUAUAGGAAGCUUUUUCUACCAUCCAUACGCUAACAUCAAAAGUGAAUAGGCUGGAAUCUGAAAAACGCUAAUUAUAAGAAGAAGAUAACAUGCAUAUACAUGCAUUGGUGAGGUCAGCUCCUAAAACUCAUUUCUAGGGUUUAUGUCUUGUGCAACAAUUAAUAGCAUGUACACUCAUUUAACUUGAGUGAAAGACUUUAUUUUAUAUUAAAAUCUUGAUUAAACAAAAGUCCAUCAAAACCAAAUCUUUAUGUUCUGUAAUAGAAAAGUAAUUUACACAAUAAUAAGCAAAUCAAUCACACACAAACAUAAUCAAACCCCAACCAAAAGAGAUCACCAAAAAAACAGAGAGAAGAGUGAAGAAGAAAGCCAAAACAGAGAGAAUAAAGAAGAAGAAGAAAG